AUGUUACUGAAGGAAUCUGAAUUGGAAUUGAAAAAGGAAUUUGUCAGGAAUUUGAAUCCAAUUCCAUAUGUUGUUUGGUUGGCAGGAAAUGAAAUUGGAAUUAAUUCCAGAAUCUGUUUGGUUCGCAAGAAAUGGAAUUGGAAUUCAUUGGCAGUGGUGGCGGCGACAAUGGUGGGUGGCGGUGAUGGUGGCUGCGAUGGUGGUGGUGACAUUGAUUGUGUGAUGGCGGUGAUGGUGAUGGUGGUGGCAGUGACAGCUAGUGGUGGUGGCGGUGAUGGUAGCGGCGGUCGUGGUAGCGGCGAUGGUGGCAACAAUGGUAGUGGUGGUGGUGGUAGUGUUAUUAGUGGUAGUGGGGGCGACGGUGGUGGUGGGUGA